AUGACUCAGAAUAAUCCAAGGGUAGGUGCCGUGAGUGACUUCAAUGGAGACAGUCAUGAAGAUAUAGCUGUUGUUCACCAAGGCAACGACAGUGUCGGUGUUUCACUUGGUCUUGGUGAUGGUACUUUCCUUCCGCAAAAAAAUUUUGCAGUUGGUUAUUUUCCAUCUUCGGUUUGUGUCGAAGAUUUUAAUGGUGACCGACAUUUCGAUUUGUUGGUAGUCAACUUAGGUAUUAGUACUAUUAGCAUUCUUCUCGGUGAUGGCACUGGUAGUUUUGCGUCUCAAAAGUAUUUUGCCACCAACCCUUAUCCUGAACUAGCUGCUGUAGCUGAUUUCAACCACGAUAAUCGAUUGGACUUCGCUACUUCCAGCUAUGGUACUGGUAAUGUUGAUAUAUAUCAAGGAGUUGGUAAUGGUAAUUUCCGUAUGUUAGCUACCAAUCACGUUGGUGGUAAUCCGUUCGGGCUGGCUUUGGGCGAUCUGAAUGGUGACGAUAAAACAGAUAUAGUAGUUUCAAAUUGUGGUAAUCUUACGAUCAGUGUUUUACUCGGCAACGGUAACGGUACUUUUCAAGCAUCAGAGUACUACAUGGUCGGCUUCUGUUCAAUGAGUCUCGCAAUUGGUGACUUGAAUGGUGAUACUUACUUAGAUGUCGUUGUUCCCAAUUACUUCGAGAAUUAUUUUCUUGUACUUCUCGGUGAUGGAACCGGGGCUUUCUUCAUAUCAUCACGUAUUUUUACAUAUGGCUAUCCCACAUCAGUAGUUCUGUAUGACUUCGACGAUAAUGGAAGACUGGAUAUAGUUUUAGGUCAUGCCUCGGGAUUCGCAUCGGUAUUUAUGAACGAAUCUUAA